AUGGAAGAGAAUGUGUUGGAGGAAGCCGCCAGCAGCCCGACAGCGGACCCCGAGCUAGUGAAUGCCUUAGAGUGGAAAGACGGCAUUGGUACCUUGCCUGGUAGCGACUUACAAUUCUAUUUAAACGAGUUUGGACUGCUAGAAGUCAUCACUGAAGAAGAAGCUGAAGCCAUAAGAACUCUUUCAACCUUCUCAAUAAAUGCCAAAUCCGAGAGCUUUGCUCCUGCUGCUGCUGCUGCCAACACUUCUGCUGCCUGGGAAGUGCCCAUACAGGAAGAGCCCUGCUGCAGUUACCAAAUCUAUGAGCAAAUGGAUUGCUUUCAGAAUGGGAAGUUCAGUACUCAGACAGGCUCCCAGCAGCACAGAGACAGUGAUACCAGAGACUCAGCAGAUGAUUGCAGAAACAAGGGAAAUAGAAAUGUUAAUCCCAGCAGUGGCUGUCAGGUGAUUGAGGCUGACAGACCUGCCAAACGUCUGAGAAAGAAGAGAAAGCUGCCUCUGGAGUCUGAGGAUGAGGAAAAUGCAGAUGAGGAUGAGGAGAAGAAUAAAUCAAAUAAUAUGAAAAGCCGCAGAAACAGUAAGCCAAUAAAACAAGCUGUUCCUGGAAAGAAGAAGGUAUGGAACUGGGUUUCCUACUUAGAGGCGGAACGGAUGCCAGCUGCUCCCCUAAAACUGUUCAGAGAGUAUCAGUCAUUCCCACAAGGCCGAAAUGGGUUUAAAGUUGGAAUGAAAUUGGAAGGGCUGGAUCCUGAACAUGCCUCUCGAUUCUGUGUUCUCACAGUGGCUGAGGUGCAAGGGUACAGAAUGCGGUUACACUUCGACGGUUACCCAGACAGCUACGACUUCUGGGUUAAUGCUGAUUCCUCAGACAUCCAUCCCAUAGGCUGGUGUGAAAAAACAGGUCAUAAGCUGCUCCCUCCUAAAGGUUUUAAGGAGGGAGAAUUUAAUUGGACUUCCUAUUUGAAGAAUUGCAAAGCUCAAGCAGCUCCAAAAAGCCUUUUUAAGACCCUCAAUACUCCUGUAACACCCUCUGGGUUUCGUCUGGGGAUGAAACUAGAGGCAGUGGAUAAGAAGAAUCCAUCGCUGCUGUGUGUGGCCACCAUCGCGGACAUGGUGGACAACCGCCUGCUGAUUCACUUCGAUAACUGGGAUGAGACUUACGACUACUGGUGUGAAGCCAGCAGCCCAUAUAUCCGUCCUGUUGGCUACUGCCAAGAAACUGGAACCCCACUGACAACACCACCUGGAUACAUACAUUCCAAUGCCUUCUCAUGGGAGAAAUACCUGGAAGAAACUAAUUCCCAGGCAGCCCCAGCAAGAGCAUUCAAACUGCGCCCAGCUCACGGAUUCCAAGUUAAUAUGAAGUUGGAGGCUGUGGACAGAAGGAAUCCGAUCUUGAUAAGAGUGGCAACAGUAAUUGACAAAGACGAGCAUCGCAUUAAGAUACAUUUUGAUGGCUGGGACCAUAAUUAUGAUUUCUGGAUCGAUGUGGACAGCCCUGAUAUCCACCCAGUAGGCUGGUGUGCAAAAACUGGACAUAUUUUGCAAGUCCCACUUGGUGCUGUCCAUCAAGUGGAGCCAGGACAAGCAGCCUGCCCUACCCCAGGCUGCCAUGGAAUUGGCCAUGUCAAGGGACCCCGAUAUGGAACACAUUACACGUUAGUAGGCUGCCCUUAUUCUGAUGUGAACCUCAACAAAGAAAACCAGUUACAGGACCGCCUGGCUGGGGACAGACUUUCCCCUAGCAACAGCAUGCAGAGAGACAGGAGCCUGGAGACUUCUACCCCAUACAAGCUGGGAGCAGGAGACAGUUCUCAGCGGGACUCCCCAAAAUCUUGCAAACCUACCCAAGACAGUGAAGAGUCGUGUCAAAGCAGCGUUCAGAGCCUGCCAGAACAGUCUGAAAAGAGCUGCAAGAGGAGCUGGGCAGAGGAGGAUUCCUCUGCGGACCCCAAAGCAAAGCGACAGAAGUUUGGAUGCUCACGUACCUAUCUAACCUUAGAGAUGGUGAAAGAGGAGAGGAAUAGGCAAGACCCUGGUGUGGAUCUCCAGCAGGCCCUUCACCAGUCCAUUUUCAUGCCUUCUCUGGCAUCUAACUCGACCCACCGCCUCCAUCUCAACUGGGAGAAGCACUGCAAGAUCUUGCCAGAGGUCUCAGGCCUCACAACCAAACAUGUGGCCAAAUGGACUGUGGAAGAGGUGGUCAGCUUUAUCCAGCGUUUACCUGGCUGCAAAGAGCAUGCCUCUGUUUUCAGGGAGGAGCAGAUCGAUGGUGAAGCCUUCCUGCUCCUGAACCAGAGUGACUUAGUUAAAAUACUUGGUAUCAAGCUGGGUCCUGCCUUGAAGAUCUACAAUGCCAUCCUCAUGUUCAAGGCUGCAGAAGACAACUGA